AGCUGCCGCCAAUGGGCAGCGCGUCCGGGCGCUCGGCGGGGCGGGGGGGCCGCACGUGCUUCCGGCGCGGCGCGUGGGAUGGCCAUGGAGGCCAUGGCGGGCUCUCCGGAGGCGGCGCGGGGCGGGAGGAGGCGCGGCGAGGAGGCGGCCCCGGCGCUGCGGCCCGCCAAACUGAGCCGUGCCGAGCUGUACCGGCCGCCCACCAGCGAAGAGCUCAGCCGGCUGAAGGAGACCGAGGACCUUUUCCACUCCAGCCUGCUCCGCCUGCAGAUUGAAGAGCUUCUAAAGGAGGUGACAUUAAAGGAGACGAAGAAGAAGAAGAUUGAUGCCUUCCUCUGUGAAAUUAACAGCCUGCUCAAUGCCAUCCCAGAGACCCUAGAAACGGAACUCACGGAUCAGGCCUGGCUCUCCAAGGGCGUGAAGGUUCCAUUCCUGCAGGUGCCCUUCAACGUGAAAGGGAAGUUCCGCUUCCUGCCACCGGCUGAGCUGAAGGUGGUUGGCAGCUACUUGCUGGGUACCUGCAUUAAGCCGGAGGUCAAUGUGGACGUGGCGGUGACCAUGCCACGGGAAAUCUUCCAGGACAAAGAUAACCUGAAUCAGCGCUACCACCGGAAGAGAGCUCUGUACCUGGCCCACAUCGCCCAGCACUUGUCCAAGGAGAAGCUCUUCAGCAGUGUGAAGUUUGCCUACAUGAAUGGCAAUCACCUCAAGCCCAUCCUGCUCCUGAGGCCUCAAGGCAAGGAUGAGAAGAUGGUCACUGUCCGACUCCAUGCCUGUCCUCCCCCGGAUCUUUUCAAAGCUAGCCGCUUUUAUCCCAACAAGAACAAUGUCCGGACAGCCUGGUUCAUGGAGCAGAGCAUCCCUAAAGAAGGAUUCAUCGAGCCCCCAACUCCACACUACAACAACUCCAUUCUCUGCGAUACGGUACUGCUGUCCCACCUGCAUUUCUUGUCUAAUGCAGCCGCUGACUUCCCAGGCAUGAAGGAUGGCCUGGCCCUUCUCAAAGUUUGGCUGAACCAGCGGCAGCUUAGCAAGGGCUUGGGGUGCUUCAGCGGCUUCUUGAUCUCCAUGCUGGUUGCCUACCUGCUGGUGAAACGCAAGAUUGUCAAGAUGAUGAGUGGGUACCAGGUGCUGAGGAGCACCCUGCAGUUCCUGGCCACCACUGACCUGAGCGAGACAGGAAUCAGCCUAGCAAAGGACGUGGAUGCCUCCCUGCCUAUCCUGAAUGACUUCCACCAGGUGUUUGAAGUGGUCUUUGUGGAUCCCUCUGGGCUGGUGAAUCUCUGUGCUGAUGUAACUGCCAGCAAAUACCACCAGGUCCAGUUUGAAGCCAAACGCUCCAUGGAGAUUUUGGAUGAUCGGAUGGUAGAUGGCUUUCAGGUGCUGCUCAUGACUGCGAAGCCCAUGCUCAGAACCUUUGAUCAUGUCUUCCACCUGAAGCAUGUCUCCAAGCUGCAAGGUGCCUGCAAGAAGAUGGAGCUGCUGAAUGAGCUGAUGGAUCGGGGUGGGAACUAUGUGGCCACGGCCCUUCCUUUCAUUGUCUCAUUACUGACUCGUGGUUUGGCUCGGAGAGCACUGCUCUUGGCUCACUCCUUGCCCCAGGUCCCCGAGUGGCCGAUUGACGCUGAGCCCCCAAAACAUAAGGAUGUUGGGCCCCUGACAUUCGGGAUCCUGUUUGUCCCUGAGUUUGCUGCCACUGUGCUGGAGAAGGGACCGCAGGCUGAUCACCCUGAGGCUCUGGACUUCCGAACCUUCUGGGGGGAGAAAUCAGAGCUGCGGCGGUUCCAGGAUGGCAGCAUCUGCGAGGCGGUGUUGUGGGAGGCCGACACUGUCUGCCAGAAGCGCCUCAUUCCUGAGCAGAUCGUUAGGCACUUGCUGAAGCUCCAUGCAGACAUUCCUGAAUCCUCCAUCUGCUACAUGGGAGCCUCAUUGGAAUCUGUGAUCAGGACUGGGAAAAAGGUACCGGGGACGGGUGAAGAGGCGAUGGUCAGCGUUGUCUGCUCCUACGAUGACCUGAGCCGCAAGCUUUGGAACCUGAAGGGGCUGCCCCUGACAGUGACAGCUGUGCAGGGUGUCCAUCCAGCCCUCCGAUACACGGAUGUCUUCCCUCCUAUUCCCAUGAAGCCGAUUUAUUCCUUUCAUACCCGAAUAAGGACCAAGCACUUGCUGCUUCCCUCAGAGGAGAAGCCUUGUCCAGCCUACGUAGCCCCUUUGAAGAUCAUCUGCCACAUGGAAGGCAGUGGCCAGUGGCCGCAAGACAAAGAAGCCAUCAAGCGCAUCAAGGCAGCUUUCCACCUCCAGCUGGCUGAGCUCCUCCAGCAGCAGCACCAGCUGGUUUGCAGACCUGCAGUCACCCAUACUGACGUGUACAAGGAUGGCUAUGUUUUCCGCCUGCAAGUAGCCUACCACCGUGAGCCCCUGAUCUUGAAGGAGGUGGUCACACCAGAAGGAAUGCUGAAGUACCAGGACACAGAGGCGUCUCAGCAGCUGGAGAUGGAGACGUUGCAUCUGCCCUAUCUAACAAGCUCAUUGCAUGGGCUCCAGCAGCAGCAUCCUGUCUUCGGCAGCACUUGCCGGCUGGCCAAGCGCUGGAUCAGUGCCCAGCUCCUGGGCGACAACAUCUCUGAGGAGUGCGUGGAUCUCCUUGUGGCAUUUCUCUUCGUCCAUCCAGCUCCCUUCACGCCGCCAAGUUCUCCACAGGUGGGGUUCCUGCGCUUUCUUGACUUGCUGGCAACCUUUGACUGGAAAAACAACCCUCUGAUCAUCAACCUGAAUGCUGGCCUCACAGAUGCUGACUGCACAGAGAUCAAGAGCAAGUUUCUGGCUGAUCGCUCUCGCCUCCCUGUAAUGUUCAUUGCCACCCCCAAAGACCGGUGGAGCUCCAUGUGGACCCGGGAGCAACCCUCAGUGCAGAUUCUGCAGCGCCUACUUGUGCUGGCCUCCGAGUCUCUCCGUGCCCUGGAGGAGCAGCUCAUGGACCCACUUAACAGCCAGGAUGUGAAGAUGGUCUUCCGCCCUCCUUUGGACUUCUACGAUGUCCUAAUCCAUUUGAAUCCAAACCAGAUUCCUCGGCAUCUGGAGAAUGUGGACCGUCCAGUGAAGUCCUUUUUCCGGGGCGUGGUGAAGAACAGCACUGCCACGAAGAUCCUCUUUCCUGUGGUGGAUUAUGACCCUGUACAGUGCUACCUCCAGGAGCUGAGAGAUGCCUUCAGUGACCUUGCCUUGUUCUUCUAUGACAAGCAUGGUGGGGAGGUGAUUGCGGUUUUGUGGAAACCUUUGAGCUUUCAGCCUCAGCCUUUUAAGGUCUCCAACAUGAAAGGAAGGAUGGUGACAACUCUGAACAAUGAGCUGGUCUGUGUUCCCAACGUGGAGGCAAUUCUGGAGGACUUCGAGGUUCUGGGAGAAGGCCUAGUCAAAAAUGUGGAAGCUCGUACUGAAAAAUGGACUAUCUGAGGCCACUGAGAUGUGUUGGACAGUCCUGAAGCAGUUUGUUCACUCUGGGGCAGUUCCUUUUUAUAAAUGAGUCUUGGGGAAGGCUUUCGGCUUUGUAAAUCACAGAACUGUGUGUUUUACUAUAUUUAUCUUUAUAUACCUUGUCCAGAAAAGCAAUGGGACCUGUUAUUGUUUUGAAGAAUACAAAUGCCUUUUUAUUUUGAAGAAAAUAUAAAGCCGAUAUAAAUUUUUUGAAGGUGUUGCUGUUCUUGUAGGAAACAAAGCCAGAUUCACGUGAAAAUGUCAAGGCCUGAAGAUUCUGGCUGAGGUAUGUGUUUGGAAGGCAGUUUCCUAGUUCAAUACGGAGAUCAUAGCAGUUGUCGUUAUUCUAGUGGUUAGAAAAAUCAAAGAAAUGCUGAGCCAUUUGGAACUGACCAGGUUAUUUGCCUCUACUCAGCCCUGAUCAGACACAUCUGGUGGCUGUGUCCAGUGCUCCACCAUAAAAGAGAGACAUGGAUGCAGUGGAGCAGGUCCAGUGAAGGGCAACAGAGAUAAUAAAGGGGAUGGAGCCUUUGUCAUAUGAGGAGAGGGAGCAAGACCUGGGCUUGCUCAGCCUAGAGAAGAGAAGGCCUAGGGGGAUUUUACCAAUGUAUCUAAAUACCUGAUAGGGGAGUAGAGAGGCUGGAGCCAGACUCCUUGCAGGGGUCCCCAAUGAUGGGCUGAGAGAUGUAAACUGAAAUGUGUGAAAUUCUACAUAAAACACUUUUUGGUGUAAGGGUUGUCAAAUACUUGCACAGGUUGCCCAGGGAGGUAGUGGAAUCUCCUUCCUUUAAGAUAUCCAAAAUACAACUAGACAUGGUCCUGGGCAGCCUGCUCUAGGUAACCCUACUCUGAGCAGGGUGUGGGAUUAUUUCUGUCAUGAAAUGACCAUGGAGACUCCCUGAUGGGGGAAGAGAGAGAAAUGAGAGGGAGCAAAUGAAUGCACUAGUCCCACCCUCUCUGCUGGUGGAGGCAGCAUGCAUGUUCCAACAGCAAAGCACAGCUAUUGUAUGUUGUGUAUAUUAUAUAUAUGUAUGUUCUGUAUAUAUUGUAUUAUAUAUUGCAUGUGGAGUAAAGAACAGACUUCGUGACAGCUGAUACUGCAGAAAGCAGAAACAGAUCAAGAUUGGAAAGGCAAGUGGAUGUUAAUGCAGUUUUGUAACUGUAGGCAGUUGUUGCUUGGCAAAGGAGCAUUUUGGGUGGGAUGUUAAAUUUGUUACUUCAAGACUAAUGCUGUCGUCCUAGUAUUUGGAGGCACAGUGUGUCCUGUGGGAUAGAUGCGCAUGUGUGGCAUCCCGAGUUUUGAGAUAUAUAUGCUAUUUUAUAAUUAGAAAAAAACAUUCUUCUCUGUAGCUGAGGGAGGCUUGUAGGUAAAAUCCUUUGCCCGUGCUUUGCUUGCAAGAGUUUUUUCAGUACACUGAAACCGAUAACAUCACAAGCACUUAGUGAGUAGAGCAGACGCCAAACUUGAGAACAAAGUAGUGCUUUCUGUUGCUGCCUUGACCCCUGCAGCCUAAGAAGCUGCUGAUAGAUCCAUUAGCAAACAAGAUGCAGGCAGUGAUUUCGACCGGUUUCAGAAGCGAUUAAUCAGGGAUUAGUUUUUAAGCUUCUCUUUGUUCUAUUUUAUCAUCCUUUAGAUGUUGGAGUCACCCAAUCUGCCUUCAGCAAUGGCUGUAAUUUUACUUGGUAGUCAGAUUGUUCCUGCUUUUUGUGCCAUCUGCUUGUGCUGCAAAUUGACAUUGGGAUCCUGUAAAUUUGCCAACACAAUUGUUGGUCAACACUCAAUUUGCCGCACCGGUUGCUUGUGCCAUAGUGCUGCCUGUUCUCUCCAUGCCCUGUCCUGCCCUAGCUUUUUUCCCUUGUUGUGGAUAUAAACGGAUUUGGGCCGGGUCACUGUCCUUGCUGUGCGUAAAUGUGCUUCUCCCUAGAGCAGAGGCAUGUGCUGAAGCCUGUGUUAGAUUGCACAGGAGCAGAGCCACUCCAGCCCCACUGCUACACCAGGUGAACUGGAAUGUCCUGCUUCUCCUUCCCCAGGGCUGUCAUGGGAAGUGGCCUCUUUCUGGCUUAUUCCCUGCCUGGCAAUAUUUGCAGAGAGAUGGUCCCUGCUUUUGCACUGAGGAGCGCUG